GUUCCCGUCGCCUGUGGAGUGGAGGAGCGAGAAGCUGGAAGGGACCUUGGAGGUCUUCUAGUCCAGCCCCCCGCUCAACAGGAGAGCCUAUACCAUCUCAGACAAGUGACUGUCCAGCCUCUUCUUAAAAUUCUCCAGGAAUGGAGCACCCACGAUUUAUGGGCUUGCGGAUCCUGCCGGAGGCCGAGCUGUGGGGCUUUGCCCGGCAGCCCGAUGGAGACUCCCGACGGUGGGCCAGUGGGAGCCUCUUCCACCAGCCGAUGGGCGACCCGCAGGGCCCUCUGAACCCGGCGGACCGGCUGCGCGUGGUGCUGCUGGACGCCUUCCCGCUGCUGGCCCUGGAGGAGCCCGGUUCCAGCUCGAAGGGACGGACGUGGAUGCCGUUCCUCCGUGGGCGCGGACGGCACCAGCUGGCCCUCAACGUGGCUGGCUUCUCGGCGGAGGAGCUGUCGGUCAGGCUGGAGGGGAGGAAGCUGACGGUCCUGGGCCAGCAUGAGCAGGAGACGGCGGGCCUGGACGGCUGCCUGUGCCGGGAGACCCGCCAGGUGCGCCAGGAGCUGCUGCUGCCCCCCGACGCCGACCUGGAAGCCCUCACCUGCGCCUUGGCCCACGACGGGCAUCUCCGCGUCCAGGCCCCGCGCCUGCAGCGCACCAUCCCGGUCACCGUGGAGAGGAGCCCGUCCGAGGCCAGUGAGACAGAUGGAGGGGCCGAGGCCAGCGCUGCGGGAGGAGGCGAGAAGCUGGACGGGGCGGGGGAGCAGUGAGACGGCUUCCAGCCCAGUCUUCUGGUUAGCGGCUUUGGACGGCGUUUUUCCAGGCGUCACGCAGCAGCAAGGAUGGGGCCAGGGUCCUUCUGUACGUAGCAGCUGCGGGG